AUGAAGAUGGAAGUGCAAGGCCCUCUGGUCAGGCGACCUGCGGCCUUUGCCAAUGAGGAGCAGAGGGUGAUCCACUCCUGGUCGCGGGUCUCUUCAGCUGGAGACGAUGUCAUCCUGGAUGCUCUCCACAUCCUCAGCCCCAAAUCAAGGGAGCUUUCCAGCACAGACGACCUUCUCAGUUUCCUCCAGGAGCUUCGGGACGAGGGCCACAGACCCACCAUCCUGAGGAGCAAAGACGUUUACAAUUACCGCUCCUGCAUGUCUCUGCCGCUCACCCAGGCCUUGCUGAAACAGGCCAACAAGAACGCCAGACCUGCCGUCAAAAAGAAGAGGAAGAGGCCGCACAGGAAGCGGGACGUGCAUCCGUCGUGGAUCUGUGAGCGGUUUCACCCCAGGAUACAGGGAGUGCGACCCCCGGAGCCUCGACUUAACCCCAGACCGGUGUUUGUCUUCAGCAGAUCAGUGCCCCGAGGCCGGGACAGUCCAAUACAGCCCUGUUUGCGACUCACAAACAUCGAGGGCCAGUCUGCCUACCACACAGCCCGCCUCCAAAUCCAACCUGCCUCGAGCUCUGCCCUUAAACCUGCUGCUGGACUGCCCCCUCUCCUGCCCGCCCUACCCCCUUCCGGACUGCCGUCACAGCCCCUUCAGAACGGCGUAGUGGCCCUGUUCAGUCAAAAAACCCAGUCGUGCCCCGCCUCCCGGUCUGACGGUGCGCUGAUUGGGGACUCUGCGCCUGUGUUCGACCCACAGACUCACACACAGCUGCAGACGCGGAGCAACCAGUGGAACCGCAGCAACGGAGUCCAUCGCCGCAGGCCCAAAGAGACAUUCAACGGCUGGCGGGAGCAGGACAGCAGAGGCCUCCGAGCCAGAGUCAUAAAGGUGGAUGAGUCACGGUCGGUCGCAGAGGCUAGAUUAAAGGCCCAAAAGAUUUUACAGGUGAACUUGUCACCUGUGAUUAAAAUCCAACCAUUUCAUCACAUCCUUAGAGAUUUCCGGUAUCUGAUCAAAUGA